UCUCUUUCGAAACAUAACUCCACCGCUCUCCUCUCCCACCUCUACCUCUCUCACUCCCUUCUCCUCUCUUUCGCUUCCGCACCCCCUCCUCAGAUUUCAACCCACCACGCGGCAUUCAGCUCGGCCCCCCCAACAAAGAAUUCGAUUUGCUUUCUUAAUCAUUGCCGUUUCUGCUGUUUGUCAUUAUACUGGGGGACUGGAAUUCAAGAAUGCCCCUCUACAAGAGAAAGCCUUUUUCCCUUGUAGAAGUGCCAAAUGAUUUGGAUCCUAAGGAGCUUGUAUUCCAAAUCCGUUUUACAAAGGAGAUAUUUCGUGAUUAUCAAGAGUAUCUGAACCGCAUCAAUUUGUAUCGCCAAAGACUAUGGACCUGUAAAGUCAGCGGAAAAUCUAACUUGACCUACGAAGAGGCUCUGGUGUCCGAGAAACGUGCAAUUGAGAAGGUUCAACAGUUCCCGCAAGAGCUAACAGCGCUUAUGCUGAGGAUCAUUCAAUACAGCAUGCUUCCACUGAGAGAUCUUGCAGACAAGAUUGCUCUGAAGUUGCAAGAGUGUUUGUUUGCUGGACUGGAAUUAUAUGGACGAAAAGAAAAUAAUGUGUUUCUAUGCAGAAUAAUAAAGACAUUGCAUGAUUCUGCUGGCAAAAAACAAUACAAGAUUGCUUGGUUGGACAAAGAUAAGGAAGUAGUGGGAUAUGACUUAAUAGAUGAUGAGGAUCUAACUAAUAGAAAGCUCCCAUUUAGUAGAAACAUGGUGAAGUCCUUCAUUCGAGAAUCAACAUACCGUAAUGCACCUUGGGUGCUCCAUCCUAGACUUGCCGAAAAGCAUGGGGUCUCGACCCAUCUUCCAGACGAGUUGAAGAGCAAGUUUUAUUUUCAGAAUGGCACUCUCAUCAGCUACAAGAAGAAUAGAAAAAAUGGGGAAGAAGAAAUGGAUGGGGAAGAUGAAUCUGGAAAGAACAAAGGAAAGCAGAGAACAGAGAGGGAGAAAGUUGGAGCUUCACAGAUGGAGGAGAGAAGUGAGAAAGAAGACGACCUAAAGAGGUUAGAAGCCAUUAAGUAUCCCAUUGAAGACCUCUUAGUACAGCCUUGCCCGGACGAUCCAGUAUUUACUGAGAGACCUUCUCCAUCAAGAGACUUUAAAGUUCCAGUGGACUGUGUCGGGGAACUUCUGAUGAUUUGGGACUUCUGUUCAUCUUUUAGCAGGCUGUUGCAUUUGUCACCAUUUUCUCUUGAAGAUUUUGAAAAUGCUGUCUGUCAUAAAGAAAGCAAUUUGAUUCUUAUCGUCGAGUGUCAUUCAGCUCUUCUUCGGUUGCUUAUAAAAGACAAUGGUGAAUAUGCUUUAACGAUAGAAAAAAGAAAGGGCAAGUCUAAGAUAACAUUAAUCACUUGGACAGAGUACUUGUGUGCUUUCUUAGACAGGACUAACAGUCCCACAUUUCGCCCUUAUAUGGCUACGAUUAAGCGAGGACAUUAUGGCCUUUUAGCUACGCAUGCUAAAUUGGAAAUCUUAGGGGAAUUACUGAAUUGUGCCCUUGCGACUGAUCUGGUCAGAGAGCAACUUGAUGAGUAUAUUGAACAGUGGCAGAAACUUGGAGCCACAAGAAGGGGAGAAGCAUUGGAAGAAGCCAAGAGAAGGAGAGAAGAAAAGGAACGGUUGAAAGCUGAGUCCGAGGUAAAUGGAUUCAUAAAUGGCAAUGGCUUGAACAGCUCAGGAAACAACCUAGGUGUGCUGGUGAAUAGUACUCACAAUGAGCAGAAUGGUGAAGCAGAACCGGAGAAAACAGACCAUGUCUCAAAGAAAAGAGAGGGUAGCCAAACUGAUAGUGCUUUCAGAAAGAGAACCAAGAAGCAUAAGGGGAAAGAUGGACACAAGCUUGAAGAUGUACAACAUAUAUCUAAGAAGGAAGCAGAGAAGAUUGCACUAAAACAUGCGGAAACUGUUGAAAGGGAAGAAAUGGAAAAGAGCAGCAAAGAACAAAGGAAACAACAUUAUGAGACUGAAAUGGAGAAAAUAUUUAUACGCACAGAUCCUUUGGGGAAGGAUAGGCAUCAUAAUAGAUACUGGUGGUUUCGGCGCGAUGGGAGGAUAUUUGUCGAGAACUUGGACCACAAAAUGUGGGGCUACUAUGGUACCAAGGAAGAGCUUGAUGCAUUGAUGGGUUCACUGAAUCGCAAGGGUGAGAGGGAAAGGGCUCUUCAAACACAGCUAGACAAAUUUUAUGGCAAAAUCUGCAUGGGGCUACAAAAAAGAUCGAAGCUUUCAGCGGACAAGAUUGCACUGGAGGAGGCAGUGCUUCGGAGAUCAACACGUGUGCGGGCACCUCCUGGAGAUAAUCCUGCGGAUGCCUUCCUUCGAUAUGUUAACAAAUGGAAAGAAGAUUAGUUGGUCUUAGUUUGCAAUUGGAGGCUACCAUAGAAUUCUAUUCAUUAUAGCUUCAGGCUUAGUCCUGCUAUUUGCAGGUUUUUGGUGUAUCCUUAAUAUUCUCAAUGUCCCUCCUUCAUUUUGUUCUUCGGAGUUGGUGGGACCUGGCUUAGGGCGGGCAGCAAGGAUGAGGUACAGAAUUAUACGGGCAACGGCGAUCGUUUUUUAUCUUUUCUUUCCGUUUAAUUCAUUGAAAGGCCAAGCAUUCUUUUGCUUGCUUUCUUGUACAUGACUUUGGGCAUUUCCUGCCUCCGACAAAUUUUUCCUUUUUAGGGUCAAUGUUGCACUGUAAGUUUCAAUAUAGCAGCUGUGAAUGAAAUGUUCUCCCAUUACUCUGUUUC